CCCAGAUGUUUGAUGGUUAUUUUUCCUAAAAAAAGAAAAGGUGUGGCAAGAUCAAUGUAGCUAUGAUAUUUCCAUGACAAAGGUUCCUAAAAGUUUUAGCUUCUGAAAGUUUUAGAAGCCUUCUAAAACUCCUAAAAUACUGUUUGUUCCACCUCCUGAAACCGACGAUAAGUACUGCAGCAAAAGGACCAAAAUACCCUCUCCCCCGUACCCCUGCUCCUUCUCCUCCUCCCAUCCGCCCCCACGCUGCAGUCUCUCCUCUCCUCUCCCGUCCGCGCACUUCCCUCCUGCUCCAGCUCGAAGCUUCCGCCAUGGGCGAGGGAGAGGACGAGGCCUGGAGCUCCGCCGCGGCCGACGGCGUCCAAGGGGAGCAACGGGCCGCCGGCGUCGGGGGAGCGGGAGGGCGGCCUGGGGCUGGGGGCGGCGGAUCCGGCAGCGGGAGCCCCGGUGCUCCGGCAGGUCCAGCAGCUGGAGCCCCGGCGCCGUCGCUGCCUCCGCCGGGUUUGGGCGCGAAGGGGCAGCGGAUCCGGCGGGGGGAGGGCGCGGACGGGUGGCGGAGCCGGGGGAUCCGGCGGCGCGAGGGAGCUCCGGGUCCACGCCGCCGCUGCUGCCGAUGAUGUCGCGGAUCCGGCGGCGGACCGGAGCGGGAGGAGGAAGACAGGCCGGGCUGCCUCCGCCGCCGGCCCCGCCCAGUAGGGCCUCGUCCUCCGGUCCCGCCGGCGGAAGGUCGGGGUGGUGGGGCGCGCGAAUGCGGCGGUCAUUGGUAAUUGUUUACAAAGUGGACAGUGAGGCCGUGUUUGUUAGGCCUAGCCAGGCAGGGCAGCAAGGAGGCAUCCGCGCCGUCCAUCCAGCAGAUCGAUCGGUUGGGGGUUCGACUCCGACUCCACCUCCUCCUCCGACGCCGACGCCGACUCCUCCGCCUCUCUUAUAUUACUCCCCACCUCCUCUUCCUGUUCGCUGUCGCCGCCCCUCCUCUUCCUGUUCGCUGUCGCGGCCCCCGCCCAGCAACCAAUCUUGUGCUACUGCCCCCCUCCUCUUCCUCUUCGCUCUCGCCGCCCCCGCCCAGCAACCAAGCAUGCUGCUGGUCGACCGCUACGUGCGACUCGUCGAUGAGCUAGAAGACGUCAUCCAAAAAACAGGGUCUUGGCAACUCGAUCCGCUCAUCGAGGGCGUCCUCGCCGACGACUUCCCCGAGUGCACAAGCCGAGAAGAGGCGGAGGAAAAGAGGGAGGCGGCCAUCGAAGCAUUGGUCAUGCGGUACCGGGCGGAGGUCGAGAUCUCGGCGUUAGCGUCCCUGAGCAAGCUCAAGGCAUCCAGGCGUUCCCGCCCCGGCGCCCUGCGCAGGGAGCCGGUCGCCUUCAGUGGCGCCGAAGACCCUGCCUACUACAGUGAGGUGCUGGACGGCAUCGACCUUCAUCUUCAUCGGCUAGCCGAUCCCCCCCGCAUCACUUCCUUGUCCCUUGGCAUCUCCUGGCCACCCGACCAUCACCUGCGGACCCGACCCCCCGCCGCAUUCAUCGCCGGAUGCGACGAAUCCAUCCUCGUUCUCUACGUCGGCACCUACCGUCCCUGCCUCCCUCAGCCAGGCUUCUACCUGGUUUACAACUCCUGGGCCGACUCGGUCGCCAUCGUCCCGCCGCUGUCGUGCUCCCGCGUCAACUUCUGGUCCCACUACAACAUUGGGGGUGGGGUCGCCGUCCUCAACUUCAUACCCGCCAGGUGCUACGUCCUAGCUGAGCUCCUGCUGCGCAAGGACGACCCUUCACGCCACGCCACCCUGUUUAUGUGGUGGUCGCCCGGCUCCGGUCCGCUCGCCGGCCGGUGGAUCCAGAAGGAGGUAGCGCUCCCGCUCCCUCUCCCCGCCGAUGAAGACUGCUCCUUCCUUGCGGACAUGGCCUUCGCCGCUGCAGGAACCUCACUCUGCUGGGUUGAUCUCCUCACUGGGAUAUUGGUCUGCAACCUCAUCGACAGGCUCGCCACCAACAUCAAAGAUGCUCGUGCCGUCUUCCACUUCAUCCCGUUGCCCCCAAAAUGUGCCGUGAAAUUAAAUGGCACGCUGCGGGGUCAGCCGGAGGAAUACCGCUCCAUGUGCCCCGUCAACAACGGAGACACCUUCAAGUUCGUCUCCAUGGUUGGCUACAGAGAAGGCAGCCCUAUGGACAAGGUGGUGCUCACAACAUGGACUCUCAAGAACGCGCUCAGCAUGGAGAAUUGGGAGUGGGAGGAGGACGCAGCAUCCUUCUGCAUCCGAGAUCUCUGGGACGACCCAAUCUACAAGGACAAGCUCAAGCUGCAGCCGCUAACGCCCAGUUUUCCUGUUCUGUGCACACAGCAUGAUGGUGUCAUGUACCUCUCUGUUACCGACUACGAGUACAAGCAUGGCCAGGAGGGGCUGCAACUGCAAGCCACAGGAUUCUAUGAGCUCGGCCUUGACAUGCUUACCGGAACGCUUUUUUCUGCCAUCAAAUUGCCUUCUGAUGAAAGGGGAAUUGUUCAACGCCCGUGGAUAUUUACCUCUCACUUUGGCAAUUACUUGAACAUGAUCAGUGACUGAGAUAUGAAAAUCCUCGACGAGUGCAAAGUUUUUGAAGAUGACAGUGCAGCACCAUCAAUUCCUUGCACAACGAGCAGUGUUCCCAUGUGGUCAAUGCCUUACACAAUGGGACAAUGCUUCGCCAAAUGGAAGUUCUGUCAAGACGGACUCGGUGGACGUCGUAUUAUAUCCUCUCCUUCUGCAGUGCUCGGAUCUUCAGCAUUAUCAUUCUGUCCAGCGGGAUUGAUGAACACCUGGGGGAAAGAACUACUUGCUGAUGAGGUUGAUUCAGGGGACAUGUACUAUGUAUUUCUGGGUAAAGCAAGAUCAAUUCAUUCCACACGAGCAGGAGCCGAAUUGAAGAUCUGCGAUGAUGGACUCGGUGGAGUUUGUGUUAUAACCUCUCCUUCUGCAGUGCUCGGAGCUUCGGCAUCAUCAUUCUGUCCAGUGGGAUUGGGAUUGGCGUUGGAUGCUUCCUGUUAAGAGAAUCCCCCCUUUCUGUGAGGAGGAAAUCAUUGAUGAAUUUUUAUGUGGAACUGAGAAAUAGUAGCUGGAGUACCAUCCUUCCACUGCACUUAUGGGUUAACAUUAUGAGUACACUAGACCACUGAUAGAACAUUUAUAUAAAUGAGGGAGAGAUGAAGUCUUUAUAGACAAUACACUAUUGCAGAAUUGCCUUUUGUGUAACUUAUUGGUUAUGUUCUUCCUCUGAUCUACUUCUGCUGACAUAUCUGUCUUAAUGUCCUGUGCGGGAGAAUAUUAGUUUGCUAUCACACGCUUUGUACCUGAAGUUUUCGUUGCUAGCCUUUGAAUGUGGA